AUGCCAAACUAUUUUGAGUCGUCCACUGUCGACUUUGCGGCUAACUGCGAAGUCGAGUUCCCACAAUUUGUUAAAUUCCCAGCGACUCAGCCGCCAGACCCAUUACAAAAUUUCAUCAAUCAUUUCAAACUUGAGAAACAUGCUGAAAACGGAUAUUUCAAGGAGACCGACCGUUCACCAUUCAUUCUAGAGCUUUCAAACCAGGAAACAGAUGAAACAAAUGAAACAAUGAACAAUUGUAAUGUCAUGCCCACGGCAACUCAAAAGCCUGUAUACAAGGGCAACAGGAAUUUUUCAACAUUAAUAUACUAUAUGCUCACACCUGAUGCCCCCGUGUCCAAACUAAUCAUGAACAGUAGUCGUAACAUUCACAUUUUGCAGCGUGGAAAAGGCCAGUUUGUUCUUAUUUACCCGGAUGGUUCUAUCAAAUCUUUCAAAGUUGGAUUUGAUUAUUCAAAGGGUGAAGUUUCUCAGUGGGUUGUGCCCGGCGGUGUUUGGAAAGCCAGCUUUAUGAUUCCGAACGAGGAGUUCGACAAUGGGUUUUUGAUAAGCGAGGUCGUCGUACCUGGGUUUGAGUACUCGGAUUACAAGCACUUUCCUGGCUUCAAAGAGUUAGUUGAGUUUGUUGGUCAAGAAAAAGCCGAGCUACUCAAGCCGCUUCUAUAA